GCUAUUCAAUUUACAACAUACUUUUCAAAUACUUUCAUCAUGUCAUGAUUAUAUAUUUUUUAAUCGCCAUUUUGAUUUCGAAGUUCUCCUUUUUUCUAAUUUCCUACACAGUUAUCUCGGCGGGUGACGGUGGAGCAGCGAAUGAGAAAAGUGAACUCAUUGGAAGACUAUUUGAAUGCACUGAGCUUGAAUGAUACCGACACACCGAGGUCAAGAUACUUUUUAAAUAGGAGUCCAUCAGCACUUAAUAAGAGGAGUUAUAGACGACUUGGGCGAGCGGGAUCAGCCGGUGGAUCAAGCAGCGACAGUGCUUUCUUCGCCAGGUUAGAGGAUGAGAAUGCCCGAGUGCAGUGUCAACCUCGCGACCGUGUGGUGGAUUCGUACGAGGAGCUGGGAAUACCACGAGGCUAUGGCGACUUCCUCUAUCCGGAAUGCAUCGUGGUUCGUCGCUGCAAGCAAGGAGGAUGCUGCGGGGACGAGCGGGAGUGCGUGCCGUCAAGAACGACCAAUAUCACCAUGAACUUCUUAAAAACCAGGCUGCAAAUCACCCGCGAGAUCGUGCACGACUUGGAGUGCGAGUGCCAGGACAAACCAUCCUUCUGCCCCGAGCCGGUGGUCGACUGCCCGGACAACAAGGUGUGGUCCUACAGCGAGUGUACCUGCAAGUGCCGGAACAGGUGCCCCAAGCCUUUCCUGCAGGACGAGGAUACGUGCGGAUGCGAUUGUCUCAGCCAGGACAGGAACUGCAAGAACAUCUACAGGGGAAGACGGAACGGGAAACUGUCGCGAGAAGAAUGCGAUUGUGUUCGGAAAGGCCUAUGCGGUAAGCCACCUUGUAUCAACGGAGGUUUCUCAAUAUCUGACUGCAAAUGCAUCAAUUCAAACAGCUGAGAGAAGUUCCUGCUUCAACGAGAUUCCUGAAGAUAGACCUUACACUCGUUAAAGGAUUCGAACAGUUCAUCUCGGUUUCAGAGAUGCAAGGACUCUUACUAUUUAUUCUGAAACGUGGUACGAUGUUACAAACAAGGAGGACAAUGCUUGCAAAACUUGAAAUAAUGCAGCACAAUGAAGUUAUUCGAGAACAGUGAAAAACGGAGUAAGACAGAGACUCAACGAGCGCUGUUUUGCUUUCCGGAAGAACGACUACUGUCCUGUCUUGGCCGUAAGUGGCGUACUAUCCUAAAAUCAGACGGAGAGGAUUCACGGAAUUUAAUAAUUUUUGUUUCGCGGUUCUUCUCUUUUCGGAUCACCCGACGUUACACCACUGCGUGCUUCUCACUUGGGAAGUAGUGAUGGACUGAUGGUCAUACCAAAUAUGAAUAUUCGAAGCUUCGUGAUCAACUUAUAUACUAAAAAAUAAUCAUGAGGUUUGUUUUUAUAUCAAUGUAUUCAAUUUCAAUUCUUGAUUCGCUGCCGUGUAUUAAAAAGUAAAGAUGUAUGUAAUUUUUUACAUAUGAAAACAGAAUGAUGUACAUAUUUAGGUAAAUGUAUCUAAUAUUAUUAAAUAUACUAUUUAAUCACCUUUUACAAACAGUUAUAAUGUCCAUAUUGAGCGCAUAGCAACUACUAUCGUACAUAGCUGUCGUAAUGUUAGUAUUUUGAAAUGUAUAGCAUCUCUUAGCCUUGUCAUGUGUAGUGGGAUUGGUGAGAUUUCAAAUUCGAAAUUUAGACAGAAAUAUCUUAAUCGUUGACAUGUAACAAAGUGUUGAUAAAUUUCAGAGAGAAUUAAAUAAAAAUGAUAUGUAAAUGUCCAUGUGUAUAAUAACGAAAUGUUUUUAAAUUAGCAGAUAAUUUGUUAUCAUUAUCAUAAUUUCCCUGUUGUGACUAUAUGAGACUUUGACAUUGUCAACAACAAUAUUAUUCGUUUUCAUUAAUGUACAGAAUUAUUUUAAAAAAAACGAAUAUUUAAUCUGUACAUUUAUGUAACUUAAGUUGACCAUGGUUUAAUUUAUUCUUAUUUUUUCAUCGAUAUCAAAAACCCUUUGGCUAUAUAAAGCAUAAAACUUCAAUAGUUUCCAUUUGCUAUUGGACGUUAGCUCUGUUAGCUCUGUUCGUUGUUGGUGAACACCAAAACUUAUGUAAUAAUCUUGUUCAAAUAUGGGUGCUAUAUAAAAUGUAUAUAAACACUACCAGUUUUAUUCUUAUCAUGUAUAUUAUGGGUCUAUUUAUGAUAUUUUCAUUUUUAUCUACAGUCUUUAACCGUUUCCUUGAAGUAUAGUGGAGCGGUUAAAAUGCCAUCAAGUGACAGAAUAAUCAAAAUAAUACAACUUGUUAGGAUACACUUAUAUUGAUUGUUUGCAAUAAGUUGAAUAAAUUUAUAAAGAAUAGCCAUACUGAGGUUAGUUUUCCACCAACAUUAUAUUAGUAUUUGAAAUCAGAUAAUAAUCAUUGAAUACUGCUUCAUUUCAUAUCAAUGAUUCGUAUGUGGGAGACCCCUUUGAAAAACAGCUUAUAAAAAUAUAGCUGACAAGGGCAAACCAUCCCACGAGUGGAGAAUACAUAAUAAAUGAAUAAUUUAAACAUAGUUUGAUCAUUUCAAUUUCAUCAAGUCCUUUUUUCCUCCUUUUGGGGGCCUCGAUGAAUAUUUUGGUCUCGACUUUAACAAUCUUACUCCUGAAGACCUGUUGGCAUCAAAAUGCUGCAGACCCUUUUUUUCUUCUUCAAUUCGUUUAUUCAUAUUCUAAAAUUUAAAAACUGAUGUGAAUAUUUUGGUCAUAAUAAUUAUUUUAGGUAAACGGAUGUGAGUAUAUAUUAACCGUUAUGCAUAUUGGUCUAUUGAAUAUACAGUGUUUAUGAUGGUGAGAAAUAUUGUAUUUAGUACUUCGACAAUUGCACCUGUAUUGAAAUCUCAAGGCAUUUUAUUUUUGUAUGCUUCUAUUGCCCGAAUCGUUCAAUCAAUUCUUUUUUCCCUGGGGGGGGGGGGGGGGUGGCGGGAUCGAUAGGCGGUGUAAGACCCUUUAUGGAAAUGUCAAAAAUAUUUCAAAAGUACUUUACGCCAUAAAAUAAUGUGAAGCCGUUAACAGUAAUUUCAUUUUUGUGAGCCUAUCAAUAUCUGACGUAUAUAAAUCAUUCUAUUUCUAAUCAUUAGAUAGAAAUAGAUACCUUUGAUUCUUCCGAAGUAGCAAAGCAUGUACUUUCGAGUAUGUGUAAAUAUUAUGAUUUAAUCUUUAUUUUUUAAAGUGUCUGUUGCAUCAGCUUGAUAUAUGAUCAUCUAUUAAUAUAUGAGCUGGAAUGAUUGAUUAUAACAUGUUUUAUUCUAGUCCCCACAUCUAGAAACUAUAAACUCAAAGGCAUUAUACAACUAUUCGACUACUACAAAUCAUUUUCAAACGUCGAAGUCGGAUUUUCUACGACGGAAUUUUAUGGAUUUUGAAAUACGAUCCGAAAUCAGAUAAAUGUCCCUUUUAUUUCAUCAUUCCAAAGUCCCGUAUAGAAAUUUGUAUCUCGUCUAACUUUAAUUCCCAACAUUCCAAUAGAGAUACCACUUUUGAAGGCAAGUACCACAUAAACCCAUAACAAACUUGACAACUUAUCACUCAACGAAGCGUAGUAAUUUCUGAAAUACAUCUCCUCACGGAACCCCCCUUUAGAACGUCUUAUCACCAUUUCUAUAUUCUGCAUGAAGUUUUAAAAUAAACGUAGAUGAAUUGUUUGUACACAGUCAUAUUUCAUUCCCCGGUCGGGCCCUUUCAUGCUGCACAUAAGUCACCGACAGGGGUUGGCUACUCUCUGAAAGAUAUUUUUUAGAGAUUUAUGAAUCUUAGAAUUUCCCGCCUGUGGUUAUCUGAACUCAAAACGGUUCCAGCGUUCACCGACACCAGAAACAUAUAUAACAUUUUAAAGUUUGCAGAUAUUGACCCGUUGUAGUUAAAGUCCCCUGUAAACAAUUGAAAAGAGUUCAAUAUGGGGAUGAUUGAGUUUUACCGGUGUUUUUUUUUAGUUGAUAGGAUGAUAAUUAAAGAGAAGGCUUUGGAAUAAGCUCUCAUCGCCAUAAUUUGGGUCAAGAUAAAUCAUUUUAAAAAGAAAAAAAACUGGGUAAUUUAGAUGAUAUGAGUGUCUUGAAUAAUAGAUCAAGUUUGGUGAUUAUAAUUCAUCCUUUAAUUGCUUCCGAUACGUGAGCUAAUGAUUAUCAGUACUGUAUGCCUGUUGAUUCAAUAUUUAGAGUCUGUUAGUGUAUUCUUAUUGUCUAUUUUCAUACAAAACAUCAUGAAAUGAUGUUCAUCUGUUAUCUAAUCAUGUACUUAAAUCGAAAAGGAUAUACUGUGUUGGUCCUUUCAAUGCGUUUUAACCCAGGCUGCAAACAAAAAAGGCUGAGACGGAUGAGCUGUACAAGUUUAGUUUUCGAGCAAUUUAUUAUACAUAUAUAUUUUUUUGAAAAUUUAUUACUAUAACUUGAAAAAAAAUGUUUCUGUUUUACUGGGCAUUUAUGCAUAUCUAGGUGAAUACAAUCCACAAUUUAUUGAAACAAAAUGUAUUUUCAUUCAGUCGGUAUAAUUAAGUCUGUAGUCCCAUUUUCAUUGUUUAUUCAUUAUAAAUCAAAAUAAAAUACCGGUCUAUGUUUCCUGAUAAUCCCGUCAUGUAUGGCGUGUAAACAAUAGUGUCACAGUACAAAGGUGCGCUUCGUGGUGAAAUAAAUAUUUUAAGUCAGUAA